UCUGCUCCACCACCUUCUUCACCUCCUCCGCCUCCCCCAUCAGCUCCCUCAACCGCCGGUCCACCUCCUCCGCCGCCAAAAAUUAACCCAUCCUCCGCCAUCUCCAUUCUCAACGGGACCUCCUCCACCAACACCGCCCGAUUCAGCUUAUGCUCCGUGUACAGCGGCCACAACAACAUCGGCACGCUCGCCCUCACCGCCACCUGUGGGGCCCACGACAUCACCUCCAAACUCUCGAAUUCGGUGGAUUCCCGAUCGAGCAGCAGCGCCACCAUGUCGGACGAUGGGAAUGGCAGUAGGCCAGAGAAAUUGAGGAGCGUGUCCCUC